AUGCCACAACCGGAUACGUCGCUCCUCGAUAAGAUGGAUAAUCGUCUAAUCAGGGAAGAGUUGAGUUACAAUAAAAAAAAGUUGACAAACGAACACGAUCAAUUAUAUGCAUCACUUAACACGGAACAAACGGUCAUAUACGACACAGUCAUUGAUUCUGUUACCACCCGAAAAGGCGGGUUCUAUUUCGUGUAUGGUCCGGGUGGGACAGGCAAGACUUUCCUGUACAGAGCCAUUCUGUCACGCUUAAGAUCUAUGGGCAUGAUUGCCCUUGCGGUUGCAUCUUCAGGUAUCGCGUCCCUUCUAUUACCCGAAGGUCAGACAGCUCAUAGCCGCUUCGCUAUCCCUUUAGAAUUACUUCACAAUAGCACGUGUGCCAUCAAACAAAAUACCCAGUUGGCACACAUGUUACAAGAGGUAAGGUUAAUCAUCUGGGACGAAGCACCAAUGAUGCAAAAAUAUGCCUUUGAAGCACUUGAUAAAACACUUAGAGAUAUCUUGGGGUUUUCUACCUACGCAAACAGGGAACGUGUGUUUGGUGGCAUGCCUGUUUUGCUUGGUGGUGAUUUCAGGCAAAUCCUUCCCGUCAUCCCAAAGGGAAAAACAGAAGAUGUUGUUCAGGCAUGCAUAAAUAAAUCGUAUCAGUGGAAAAGUUGUGAACUCUUCAGUCUCCACCGUAGUAUGGGUGUCAACGAAUACACCUCAACAGGUGUGCUAGACAUGGAUAGGCAACGUUUCAACAAAUGGUUGUUAGAAAUCGGCGAUGGAAUCGUUCCCUCAAAAGCCAAAGAAGGUGAAGAUGAGCCAACCUGGAUCGAGAUACCCGCCAGGUUCAUCGUUGAUAGUUGUGGCCUUCCUGUGGAAUCGAUUGUUAACGAUGUCUUCCCGUCGUUUACAGAAAGGCAGGCCGAUGACGAUUUUUUGUGUGAAAGAGCAAUACUAACCCCACUCAAUAUAGACGUGGACGAAAUCAAUGAUUACAUGUUUGCACAAUUGAGACGGACCACAAAGACCUACAAGAGUUCUGACGAGAUAUGUCGCGCAUCCACGGAUGUAUUAGAACAGGAACAACUCUAUCCGUCUAAAUUCCUAAACUCUUUGACAUUCCCAGGUAUGCCACCGCACGCUUUGCAUUUAAAAGAAGGCCUCCCUAUCAUGCUUUUAAGAAAUGUGAACCCCUCGCAAGGAUUAUGUAAUGGCACCCGUCUUAUUAUCACAGACCUUGGGAAAUUUAAAUUUGAGAGGAUUGUGAGAGGGCCUCAAGGAGCUGCUGCUAUUGUUGCUUCAACUCUUCAAAUUAGUUUAAUUGGUUGGAAAAGUUUCGGUUUUUACGAUUUCAGAUUCAUGAGACCAUCAUCUACAGUUUCAUUGGUGGCUCUAACCGUUUAUGGAUUAUAUGAGUUUGAUUUUCCCUUGGUUGCUAAAUGUGUUGAGAUUGGAUUGCCACAGAUUAUGCCAAGAAACUUUUAUCACCUUUAUCGCCGUUAA